UGAUAUAACUAUGUGAUUAUGAGUUACAAACUGACAUUGAAGCGAGUGAGAGAGAUGGCUAGCAGUACGGAAAACACAGGUUCAGAUAAUGACGCAAAAGGAGCAAGGAAUUGUGACUUCUGUGCAACAAAGCUUGCGGAGGGAUAUUGUACUGAUUGUUUGGAAUACCUGUGUGAUGAAUGCUUACGAAACCAUUGUAAACCUAAGCCAUGUAGAAACCAUAAGUUAGUUGGAAAGGAUAAAAUGCCUAGACGACAAGUAUCUACCGAUGUUGUGGACAACAAAUGUGACUGCAAUGCAAAUAACAAUGUUAACUUCUGUUGCGAAGAACAUCAUAAGUUAUUGUGUGUAAAUUGUAUCGCAAAUAUUCACAAAGGGUGUCGAUUUAGGGAUUUAACUGAACGUUCAACUCACACAGAAAAGUCGGAAGAGUAUUCAGAAUUUCUUAAAGAAUUAGAUGAGUCUGAAAAUAUGUUCGAAGAAAAAAAGGGUCUUUCCCAACAACACGAAGAAAAGUGCAAUGAGUCGUUUAAGCAAGUGUUUCAAGAUAUUGAUAUUAUGAAACAGCUUUUGCAGGAGAAAAUGGACGCUGUAGACAAACUAAAAAAGAAAGCUUUGGAAAAAAGAAAUGAAUAUGUAAGAAAAAUGCAAGCAAUUAAGCAAUCGAAUAGUAAAGCGGUAGAUGACGUCCGUUCGAGAAGAGAUGAUUUAACUACACUACAGGAUAUGGCUCAGCCGGAAAAGUUGUUUGUUGCUUUAUACCGUUCCAAGUCAUUUAUGAAACAACUAAAACAAGACAUGGCACGAACCAACGUGGGUAACAUUCCUCAGACAUACACGUUUCUCACCAAUAAUGUGCUAAAGAAUAUGCUUACUAAUGUCGCUAAUGUAGGUGAACUGGUUCAGAUUGAGAAGUCAAGCAGCUGUAGAAUUGUUGAUUAUCCGGAAUACGGUCUCCCAAAAUGCAUAGCACUUUCUGAAAACAGUAUUGCCGUAAUUGACUGUAUACACAAUACACUGCAGAAAGUAAUUGAUGGAGACACAGUCGCUCAAAUAAAAUUGUCUUCUGGUCCAUGGGAUAUAGCUAGAAUAAGUAGUACGAGCGUUGUUGUUACGCAACCAGGAGAGGAAAAGGUCUCGCUCAUUAUUCUUGAGGAUAGGUCAGUUCGUAUUGAUAAAGAAAUACAAGUAUAUUGCAGAUGUGAAGGCAUAGCAUAUGCCGAUGGCAAACUUUUUAUUGCAUCUUCAAAACCUGCUUGUCUAGUCAUUUAUGACACGACGCAGUCAAAGGAAGAAAACAGAAUAACUACGGGUGAAAAUGGUUGUGCGUUGUUUAUUCAGCCGGCAUAUAUCGACGUCCAUCCACAGAUGCAUCUGAUAUGUCUUUCAGAUAGAAAAACAAAUAAAGUUUUUCUUCUUAAGUGGGAAGGAGCUCUGUCAAAUGUCUUUACAUGCAAUCACAUGAAAAUGCCACUGGCGGUUGCAUUUCAUGGCGAUACUGUUGUUGCUGUUGGAUUUGAGUCAAACACCAUCAACGUCAUACCAUUUGAAACACAAGAAGGGCUAAAAAUUGAAACUCAGUUUUUAAAUAACCUUGCAGUUGAUAGUUUUUUCAACGACUCAUUAUUCAAAAAGAAUGCAUGUUGGCAAUAUUGUGCCGGAAAAUAUUUUGCUGUUGCUUGUAAAAGUAGCGUAUAACAGAAUUAAGCAUUUUUGCGAUAGGAUAGAAGUCACAUUUCAAUACACAAAUAAAAUUUUUUGCUGUUUUCACAUUUCGUGAGUUGUCACGUAAAAUAUAUAAUCCUGAUAGAUAAUAAUCCUGAUGCAUUAAUAAUUUGUGUUAUUGAUAACAGAUAAAAUUCUGAUAAUAUCUGGUAAAAUACAGAGGUGGAGAACGUUCUAAUCGCAAGCUUAUUGUUGAAUUGAGAUAACAUAUUUUUAAUGUCUUUGUUAUUUUUGUGUUUUAAAUAAAAUACUC